AUGUUCGUCUGGGGGGCAGGGGGGGAGCCCCACGCUCCCGCGCAGGUCCCCGGAGGCGCAAGCUCCGGGCCAGGUGCGUCCGAGUCGGGGCCGCGCGGCAGCCGGCGCCCUGGCUCCUGGGCGGGUCACGGCGCAGUCUCUCCGGGGUCUGGCUGCCCGCGCACGUGCGCUGCCUUGCGCCCUCCGGGGCGGCUGGACGGACGGCGGGGCAGCUCACCAGCUGGGGAGGAUGCCCGGCAUCAUCCCCGCGCACGCCUCUCCCCGGCUUGCACGGCCGCCGUGAAGUUUACCCCGCCGCAGGGCCCCGGCCGUGGCGGACUAGGCGUCCCAAGAUGCCCACCUUCUCCGCGAGGCUUACACUUCCUUCUCCCUCUCACAAACUCCGCGCCCCCUCCGCCCUCGGGCACGGCACUGUCGCUCCCCCUCAAGAUCUCGGCGCGCCGUUCCACUCCCCAAGCGGAGGCGGUGAGGCUCUUGCUUUCCGUUCCGUGCUCGUUCGGCUGCCCUGCAAACCCCGCUCGCAGAAGGGAUGGGAGGGAAGCGGACCCGUGCGCGGAGCGGCGGCGUCGGCGCCGGAAUUCGCAGGCUCCCGCCUCUCGGAGCCGCGCUCUCCGCAGCGGCCAACGUGGGCUUUCUGGUGCGCGUCUCGCUCAGGCGUUGAGCGUGCACGCGGCUUCCAAUGGCAGCUGAUGGAAGGUGGGACACACCCUCGGAGAAGCCGUUCCCAAACGCCAG